CCCGGCGCAGCCCAGAGCUUCUAGAAGCCGGCGUCGCCCAGCCUAGACCGCCACUCGGUGUCGCUCCCCUGCCUUCGCCUGAGAACUGCUCCUUCCUGGACCGCAACCCUGAAGGCUUUAUUCUCCCAGGUAUGAGUGUGGCUGUGAGCAGUGGGCAGUGGCAACAGACGAGCCGCACAGCUGACGGUCUGUACCCGACCCAGGCCCCCAAGGGCCGGUUCAGCGGCCUGCCUACGACCGCCGGCAGCAAGCCCUUCCAGCUCUGGGCCCAAGGACUCUUCUGCACCGAGCGCAACCUGGCCAAGCGCCUCAAGAACAACAGUUUCUACCCGUUCACGCAGCAGCAGCCCAACGUCUUCGUGCUCGAGUACUACCUGGACACGCUGUGGAAGGGGACGCUGCUCUUCAUCGUCUGCUUCUUCCUCGUCAGCUUCGGGCUUGUGAGCGAGGUGCAGAAGCAGGAGACUUGGGGCUUCCCUGCCUACGGCGUGGGCGUGGGCCUGUGGCUAAUGAUCUCGUCGCUGCCGCGGCGCCGCCUGGUGCUGAACCACGUGCGCGGCGUGUACCACUUCUCCAUCCAGGGCCGCACCGUCUGUCAGGCCCCCAUGCACCUGGUCUACGUGCGCAUGGCGCUCAGCUCCGAUGCCUAUGGAAGGUGCUUCUUCCAGCUGGUUCUGUGCGGCCACAAGCUGGAGCCGCUGGUGCUGGUGCAGCUGUCGGAGCGCUACGAGCAAAUGGAAUACCUCGGCCGUCAUAUUGCCCGGAAGCUCAACAUUAACUACUUCGACUGCUUGGCCACGUCGUACCGGCACGUGGUCCGCCACUGGCCGCCGGGGGCCGCCUUCAGCCCGGGCAUCCUGCGGCGCCAGAACGGUGCCUAGGACAAGCGGAACUCUCACAAGUCAGCCCAGGACUUGUGACGCUGCCAGCUGGCGCCCACCCCUCCCCCACCCCGGGACUGCAUUCUCCCUUCCCCUCCAAUCUCCCGCCUCCACCUGAC